AUGGAUCUAACACGAGAGGAACGCAUGCGAUCGCGCAUGCGCGGUGCUGCACGUCAUCAGGUCCAGAACGCAGACUUCGGAGACCUGUUUACGAUUCCUAUCGUCGCAUCUAAUACCGAACCACAGCCAGAGCGCGAACCUGAACCUGGAGCCUCAGAAUCGGCAGCUCCACCGUCAGGGCCGGCAGCUCCCUCACCAGUCCCGGCGACAAGCCAGCACGUGAGCCCAAAUACGUCAGCAAAGAGGAGGCGGCUGGAUGAUCGAGGCACUGCUGCCCCGGUCCCACAGUCGCGUUCGCCAGUCCAGCCUCAAAGGCAGUCAAGCUCCGCAACCCGGCGAUCACAACGACUCUCUCAAUCACCCACCAGCAAUGAUCCUUAUGACCCUGCGAAUGCUCCUGCCCCGGCGGACGAGCCUGAAUCCCUCCCGAAAUCUACACCCCCAAGUCGUGCUUCGGCCAGCCGCGCAUCGGGCAGCAGAUUUGCAGCUCCACUGUCAGCAGCGCGCAGUAUUCCAGCACAAUCCUCGCCCCUCUCGAUAGUUCAGCAUGCUGAGGAGGUGGGCGAAAGUCCGGCUGACCAGCCCGGCAGCGGCCAGCGGAGGCGAGUACGGCCGAUCCAAGCCGUGACAUCCAGUGCGCUGUUGCAGUCAGCUCUACGGGCCGACAACUACGAUACCCUUGAAGGCAUGAUGCCAUCCUCAUCACCCCUGACGCGAAAGUCGAGGAAGAGUGUCGCAGCGACGACGGUCUCGGCACCAUCAACCCGGACGAGCCUACGGAGGAGUUCGCGGUUGUCCGGCAGUAGCGAUGAUGGGAUUAAUGAGCUCUCAUCGGACGUACUAGAACCCGUUGAGGAAGUCAGCCCCCCGAAGGCGCGGACCAGUCAACUGCGAUCGGAAGCCGAAGCUGAAUCUGCAGAAGUCCAGGAGAGCGUUAUCGAUCAGACCGCAGCAGAUGACGAUCUGGAAGCUGAAGAAGCACAGGAAGUCGAUGGCACAGAAGCUGCGCGUCACAUUGGGAGGAAGCGCCAACGAAGGAGCAAGGCAGUUAGGUCGCCUGAACUGGUGUAUGAGGAGGUCACAGAAGAACCAAGUUCAAAACGCCUUCGCACAGGUCCGCCUCAGAAAUCAAAGAAGUCUCCGGCAAGGCAAAGACAGCCGAGAGCGCCGCGAGCGAAAUCGAACAAACAGAAAUCAGCACGGGGGAAGAGCGGAGAUGCCACAGGGCAGCCUAUCUCGGUGAAGAUCCAGCGCUUUACGAAACCAAGGCGUCUUGACGAAGACGAUCCGGAAGCGGAUGAUAUUCUUAAUACUGAGAUACCAUUCGCCGACCGGGCCGGCGUCAACGCUGUGGAUGUCCUGGCCCAGAUGUGCGAGGAACUCAUCAGUACGAGUCUGCAUAAGUUGCAGGACACCUUCGAUAAUGCACAGGACGCUGCUACAAAGAAGGAAAUCCGGGUAAAACUCAGGGCCUUGGAGGCUUUCCAAGAGGAGCUGAGAACCCGUUUCUUAGAACACACCAUCGCCCUCGAUGCGCUAUACGCGCUGAAGAAGCGCGUCCGCGAAGCACAAAAGAACAAGCUGCAGUUGCGGGAGAGAAUUAUUCAAAUAAGGGCUGAGAGGGAGCAGGUCGCCCUCCGAAUGGAUGCCGUCAGGAUGAAACACGAAGAGGACGGCAAGGAGGCUUUGCACAACAUCAAAUUAUCAGCGGCAAUGCACGACGUUGAUCUUGCGAUGGAGCAGGGAAGGGCCGCCCCCGAGCUUUCAGCCAAAGACCAGAAAACGGCAGACCUUGCGAACCUGGAGUUGCUCAUCGACAGAGUCAGGGAACAGGCAUGUAGCGAUUGCCCUGGGGGAGGCAAUUUGAGGCAUAUCAAGAGCUUCAAUGCGUUCUUGGAGCGUGCUGCUGCCGCGUUGUAA